UCAAUGUAGAGAGACAAUUUCAAUAAGAACUCAUUUCAUGAUGUGAGUGUAGUAAAAAAAUAGAAGUACAGGCCUCAUGUGUGAGCAAACUUCAAUUAUGAAUCCCAUUAGUCGUCCUCUUGCGCCUUCUCCUGCCCCACUUCCCUGAUGGGCUCUCAGAUGACAAACGUUCCACCCUUGUGGCUUGUAAUUGGUCCGCAGAGCUGUCCAUCAAGGGGGAGCGCCGGGUUCUGGCUUAGAGCAGCAGAGACGCACCGCUGCUCCUCAUCUCUGGUGUUUAGUGCGUCGAGUGGCGGUGAGAAGUGGAGUUUGUGCGUUUUGUGCGUCCGUGGACCAAACAGCAGCAGCAGCGGUUGCGCUUUUCCUCCUCCAGAGCCGCAGGCAUCGCGGGAAGCAGCCGCACAGUGCACGCCUCGGACACUAGGACGACAAGGAUACUCUUUUCUUCUUUUUUUUCUAUUAUUUUAACUGAUUGACACAUAAAUAUUUAGCGUUUCUCUAAUGGUAACCGACACUGAGCAGCCGGAGACAUGUGGAAUAAUCUGGGGACACUGCACCGCUUCUCUCUAGUGUGUCUGCUCCUGACGCUGCGGGCUGAGGUGUCUCAGUCCACUGGUUACUUCGAGUUGCAGUUGAUUUCGGUUGAAAACCCCAAAGGUCAGCUCCUGAACGGCGACUGCUGCGACACAGAGAAGAGCGCGGCGGAGGGCCACUGCGGCGCGGACGAGUGCGACACCUACUUCAGAGUGUGUUUAAAGGAAUACCAAACGGACGUCACGACCACUGGACCCUGCAUCUACGGCUCGGAAACUACUAAGGUUAUCGGUGGGAAUACUUUUCACUUCAAAGGCGUCCAGAAAACCGGACAGAAUCGGAACAACGACGCCGGGAAGAUCAUCAUCCCCUUUCAGUUCGCAUGGCCGCGAGCGUACACUGUGAUAGUGGAGGCGUGGGACAGGGACAAUGGCACACACAGCAGUGAUGACGAGCUGCUGAUCGAGCGCAGCAUCCACAAAGGCAUGCUCAACCCCGGAGAGGAGAAGCAGACUGUGGAGUAUAAAAGCCUGAUUGCAAGCCUUGAGUACACAAUACGUGUGCGCUGCGAUGAACACUACUUCGGCAACAAGUGCAACAAAGUUUGCCGUCCCCGUGACGACUACUUCGGCCACUACGUUUGUGACCAGUUUGGAAACCAAGGCUGCAUAGAGGGCUGGACGGGGCCCGAGUGCAAAACAGCCAUCUGCAAACAAGGAUGCAGCGUCCUGCAUGGAACGUGCAGCGUGCCAGGAGAAUGCAAGUGUAACUACGGCUGGCAGGGUCCAUUCUGUGACAAGUGUUUGCCAUAUCCCGGCUGCGUCCAUGGAACCUGCGACGAACCCUGGAAGUGCACCUGUGAGAAGAACUGGGGAGGGCUGCUCUGUGAUAAAGAUCUGAACUACUGUGGGACCAACCGGCCCUGUAAGAAUGGAGGCACGUGUAUGAACACAGAGCCAGAUGAGUACAACUGCGCCUGUCCAGACGGCUACUCGGGCAAGAACUGUGAGAUUGCGGAACACGCCUGUGCGUCCAACCCCUGUGCCAACGGGGGGACUUGCCAUGAAGUCCCAUCAGGCUUUGAGUGUCACUGUCCGGCAGGCUGGUCUGGGCCAACCUGUGCUAAAGACACAGAUGAAUGUGCUUCCAGCCCCUGUGCUCAGGGCGGGACCUGCAUCGACAUGGAGAACAGUUUUGAAUGCCUCUGCCCUCUACAGUGGACGGGCAAGACCUGCCAGAUAGAUGUGAAUGAGUGUGCGGGGAAGCCUUGCCUCAAUGCUUAUUCUUGCAAAAACUUGAUUGGUGGAUAUCACUGUGCCUGUUUUCCUGGAUGGGUGGGCCAGAACUGUGACAUCAAUAAAAACAGCUGCCAUGGACAGUGUCAGAAUGGAGGGACCUGCAAGGGAGUGGCCAGAGGCUAUCAGUGUGAUUGCCAGCCCGGUUUCGUGGGUCGACACUGUGAGGUUCAGAGGAAUCGCUGUGUCAGCAGUCCAUGUAGGAACGGCGGUCACUGCCACGCCCUGCUGGAUGGAUUCAUGUGUGAAUGCCCUCGAGGGUUCAGCGGUACAACAUGUGAGAAGGUGCAAAACGACCCAUGCAGCUCAAACCCAUGUCACAACAAGGCCCAGUGCCAUAACCUGAUGGGAGAUUUCUACUGCAGCUGCUCAGAUGACUAUGAGGGCAGAACCUGCUCGGAGCUCAAGGACCACUGCAAGACCAACCAGUGUCAAGUCAUUGACAGUUGCACAGUUGCCGUGGCAACCAACAGCACCCAAAAGCAUGUACAGCACAUCUCGUCCAAUGUGUGUGGACUCCACGGCCGCUGCAUCAGCCUGCCUGCUGGGAACUUCAGCUGCUCCUGUGAGCCGGGAUUCACUGGCACCUACUGCCACGAGAACAUUAACGACUGUGCGUCAUCCCCUUGUAAGAACGGAGGUACUUGCAUCGAUGGGAUCAACUCCUUCAAAUGUGUCUGCCCGGACGGCUGGGAGGGCAGCCUGUGUGAUGUCGAUGUGAAUGAGUGCAGCAGAAGCCCCUGCCAGAACGGAGGCCAGUGUGUUGAUCUGCUCAAUGACUUCUACUGCAACUGUGUGGACAACUGGAAAGGAAAGACUUGCCACUCACGUGAGAGCCAGUGCGACUCCACCACCUGCAGUAAUGGGGGGACGUGUUACGACCAUGGAGACUCCUUCCUGUGCAGCUGCGCCUCAGGCUGGGGUGGCAGCACCUGCAACACAGCUAAGAACAGCACAUGUGACUCGGGUCCGUGCGAGAACGGAGGGACAUGCGUUGGAGGAGGAGACACCUUCACCUGCAUCUGCAAGGACGGCUGGGAGGGACCCACCUGUGCCCAGAAUGUUGAUGACUGCAGUCCACACCCCUGCUACAAUGGCGGCAUCUGUGUCGACGGUGUCAACUGGUUUCGCUGCGAGUGUGCCCCAGGCUUCGCCGGACCAGACUGCCGCAUCAACAUAGAUGAGUGUCAGUCAUCGCCUUGUGCCCAAGGCUCAACCUGCAUGGAUGAAAUCAACGGCUACCGCUGUGUCUGUCCUCCGGGACACGCUGGGCCUCGCUGUCAGGAGUUCAUCAGACUUGGGAAGUCGUGUCCUCACGCCGGCCUGCAGUUUCCUCACGGCAGCAGGUGGGAGGAGGAGUGUAACACCUGCCAGUGCAUCAACGGAUAUGUCCGCUGUUCCAAGGUGAGGUGUGGUCGUCGGCCCUGCCUCCUUCCAAAGGCUCUUCCUCCUCCGGACAUAAAUGUUCCGUCCUGUCCUGGAGGUCACCAGUGUGUGGAGCACCAGUUCCUCACCUGCUUCUCGCCGCCAUGCCACCACUGGGGUGUGUGCUCAACACCAGACCCCCCGACACCUGUGCACACCCAGUGUGAGCCCAACAGUGGUUACCUUGACAACAGCUGUGCCCACAUCACACUCAUCUUCAAAAAGGACAAAGUGCCACAGGGCACCACUGUAGAAAACAUCUGCUCCGAGCUGAGGUACCUCCCUGUGACUCAAACGCUGGCCGAGGAACGAGCGCUGCUCAUCCUCUGUGACCUGUCCUACUCCAACAGUGAUGCUGUUGAGGUUGCCAUGUCUUUUGAACAAGAUGGGCGGUCAAAGGACAGUGAUCGCGGACAGAUCCAGAAGGCAGCCAGUGCCAUCAUCGGCGCCCUGUCCAAACGCCCCAACAGUACCAUCAUGCUAGCUGUGGUGGAGGUUAAAGUGGAGAGGCCGGUGGAAGCCCCACCUGUCGGUUACCUGGUCCCGGUGCUGUGCGUUGUCUUCAGCGUCCUCUGGAUCUUCUGCAUUGUUGUUUGUGUUUGGUGGACCCGCAAGAGGAAGAAAGAGCGUGAGAGAAUGGCCCGAUCUGACGACAUGACGGUCAACAACCAGCUGCGGAGCAGCGCUUCCAAAGACAACCGUGACAAAGACAUUCAGUACGAAUGCAAGAAGCUGAUGAGCCCCUCCGACAGGACAUGUGAUGGGGCUGAGGGUGAUGAGGAAGGAGAGCGGGAGGAAGACGAAGAGGAGGAGGAUCGCUCACUGGGCGUGGGGGACAAGUGUCCACCCCAGAAGUGUUCUAUAGCAGGGGCACAGGGCGGAGGGAUGAUGGGUAAGGGAGGGGUCAUCUGCACGACACGCAGCGGUCCGGUGAAGGCGCCACACCGGACGGUGUACAGCCCCAAAGACAACCGGUGUAAAAACCUGAACGCCGCCAAGCUCAGCGAGGACAUUAAAGACCAUUAUGUAUGAACAUGUGAGAGGAGGAGGGACCUGCUGCAUCAAAGAAAACAACCUGCAACGUCUUCAGCGAAUUUUCAAACCUUAAAAUCACCAAAAGUGAAGACAACAGAUGCUUUAAUUUGCUAUUUUGUUUGUCACAUCUUAUUUAACCCUUAGGCUUAUUUUACCAAAAAACAACGACAAAAGAAAAAGAAAAAACACAUGGAAAACAAACGUUGCAGCUUCUGGAUUUCAGUUCAAUCGUCAGACUUUAUUUUUCUGUUUACAAACUGUUGCCUCAUCAGAACUAACGCUCGCGUUUUUAAUUUGACUGUGGAGAUCGAACCGAACAUCACUGGUUGGCAGCUGUUAACGUGGCUUCUACUGUUCCUGUCUGCCUUAGCCCAACCUGUGGGCCUUUUCUACACUGUCUUGAUUUCAUGUCUUUUUAUUGAAAAGAAAAAAAAAACUAAAAAAGGUUUUAUAUACACUUAAGAUCACUGAAAGCUGUCGCAGAUAAUCCGCUGUAUGAUAGCUGGUAAUUGUUUGUUUACAUUUAUAGACAUCUUUUCCAUUUUGGGUUGCGGCUUAAAGGCUUGUGAUUUCCUCAGCUUCCUGCAAGUCGACAUGUUUAUAUUUCAGAAUUUUCUUUGGUAGAAAAGUGCCUUCAGUUGUUAUUUUGUCUCCUGUUCUCUCCUCCUGUAGAGUUUAUGUAGAUUUAAAAGCAUAAAAAUGGAAAGAUGUCCUAGUAACAACUCUUCAUACCACAGUAAAGAUUAUUUUCUUUGUGAUGUACAUAUGUGAAUAUGAAACAAUGACUGUGUAUAUUUGAAUUUAGUAACUUAAGUGAUGCUUUGUAUCAUAGUUAUUCUAAAGAAUAUGAUCUUUGUGGUUCUUUUUUUUUUUAUAAUGUCAUUCCGUUUAUUAGUGUCCUUUGGCACUCUGUGGUUUUCGGACGGUGUCCUGGGACCCACUGAACUAUGAGCACUGGUAAAAAGAGAAAACAGAUCAUGAUCGCUUGUCUUGACGUGCUAUGAUUAUCUGUUACAGCUGUUAUUUAAGAAGACAGAGAGUUUGGAGAGCUGUUUAUUAGGCCUGUCAGCGAGUCAUGUCUCAUACAGCUCUGGAGUCAGUGAACUGCCUUUCCAACAGUCCUGUUCAUUUCAUCUGAGACUUUCAUAGCGAAAUUUGACUUCAAUUGUUUUUUUUGUUUUGUUUUAGCAAAACAGGUUCUAACUUAUUAUUUUAGCUCAGGCCACAGAAAAUUCUUUGGGAAAUACUGUGGCUCUUUUCUUACACAUCCCACAGGCUGUAUGUACAGUAUGUAAAUAUUAAAAACACCCUGUUAGCAUCAUUUUCAGAAGCAGCAGCAUGUUAGUACAUAGGCUGGUAUCACUGGGCGACCUGGCAGCAGGGCCUCGAGGAAAUGGUGAAGCCAACAGGUCAGGUUCUCAGCCCAAGUCGAAACACUAAGCCCCUAGUUGCAUAUUUUAACACAUACCUGACCACUGAAAAGUAUAAAUAUAGAUUGUUUUGUAAUACUGGCACUGGAGUUAGAUCCAGGUUUUUCUUCUGUAACAUCACUUACAGUUACCUUAAUCUUUGUCCAGAACCACUCCCUCAUUCACUCGUGUAAUACUCCCUUCAUUACAAACACUGUUGCACUGUAGAAGUUAUAUAUAUAAAAACACUUGUUUCACAUCAGACAGAUGUAGUAUGACACAGCUGAAAAUCAGAUCUCGGUCGUCAAAUGAGAGGUCUGACUAUGUCAGAAACAAAGGUGAAGCAGUGUGGAAUUGUUUGGAGAAAAAUGGCCCGCCACAUUUCAGGAUUUUUUGGUUUCCCUGAGUGGACUUUAAACCCAAAAAAUAUACUCAAGGAUACACAAUAUGGCAGGAUGCAACUAUGGUACACCGGGUUGGAAAGUGGGACAUAUUUCAAAUACAAUUUUUUACUUUCUUUGAUGUCAUUGCAUCUUUUUCUCCCCACCCAUCUUUGUAAAAUUUUAAAGUUAGUAGCUCCAGUGGAAUUAAAAACUCCUAUCUGUUAAAAAUUACAAGUUCUUGAUUGAUAUUUCUGAGAGGCCCUACUGCACGCUGCCAUUAUUCAAUUCUAAUUAGGAACUCCAAAUGGCACAAAGGGAAUUUGCCUUGUGCUGUGGUGGGGAUUCAGGACUUGAACAAGUGCUGAUGCAUAUGAUUACUAUUCUCAAUACACACUUAAGGGUCAUGGGAUUCAAAGUACUUAGACACUCCUGCCAUUUGUUUUACAGUCUGUUGACAGCAGAGAGGGCUCAUAGGGCAGCAGGUUUUUUUGGGAGUAUGAAAACCCUUCCUGUGCUGCAGGAGCCGCUUUCAUGACUGUAGUCAACUACUCUGCUGAAGUGCCCUUUAGCAAGACACUGAAUCCCAAGUAUAGACUAAUCAAACUGUGUGUGUUAAGUGGGAACCUCU